AUGCUCGUCCGCGACAGUGCCCCCAUCUCUGUCCCCUUUACGCGCCGGCUCAACUUGGCUAGCGGGGCUAAGCUGCCCGAGUUGGACCGCGUGAGGAUCAAGUCUCUGGCGGCUGGUUGCCCGGGAGGAGCUUCUUGCGACUCUUCGAUUCGGAGUGCCGCAGCCACAUUGUUCAGUGUCGGCGCCACCAAUGGUGCUGUAGAAUAUACCGUCGAGGUUGGCAUCGGCAAUCCGGCAACAACCUACACUCUCAUCGUCGAUACGGGUAGUUCCAACACGUGGGUUGGCGCUGAUCAGGCGUACGUCGUAACGAGCACUUCAGAGGACACAGGGGAAAGUGUCUCUGUCGAUUAUGGCUCGGGUUCCUUCUCAGGUGAGGAAUAUACUGACACCGUAACGAUUGCCUCUGGGUACUCUAUCACGGGUCAAUCCAUUGGCGUUGCAUCUACCUCCGAGGGUUUCUCGGGAGUUGACGGUAUUCUGGGUAUCGGUCCCGAAGAUCUCACCUGUGGUACUCUCAGUGACGAGGAUGCAUGCAUUCCGACGGUCACCCAGAACGCCUACUCGCAGGGUCUGAUCAGCGUUGAGGAAGUCGGCAUAUCAUUCGAGCCCACGACUUCCGCAUCGGACACGAACGGAGAACUGACCUUUGGUGGCACCGACUCGAGCAAGUAUAACGGAACUAUCACCUAUACGGCUAUCACCUCAACGACCCCCGCAGGCGACUACGUGGGUGUCACGCAGACCAUCGCGUACGGUUCGGAGAGCAUUAUGUCCUCUGCGGCUGGAAUAGUCGACACCGGUACCACCUUAGUCUACAUUCCGAGCUCCGCAUAUGACAAAUACCAGAAGGCCACUGGAGCGACCUACGACGACGAUACUGGCCUCCUCCGCAUCACGACCGCGCAAUACGACAAACUCGAUAGCGUGUACUUCGAUAUCGGUGGCACUUCAUACGAAUUCACCGCGAAUGCGCAGAUCUGGCCCCGCUCUCUGAACGAGGAUAUCGGCGGGAGCUCCGACUAUGUGUACCUCGUCAUCAAUGACCUCGGUGACGAUGCAGAGACCGGGUUCGACUUCAUCAACGGCAUGACCUUCCUCGAGCGGUAUUACUUCGUCUACAACUCUGGAAGUAAUGAGGUCGGCUUCGCACCUACCUCGUACACCUACGCUACAACGAAUUAG